GCAGCUUCAAAGCGUCGCCUUCGAGGCUCCAACCCAAAUAUUGCCGCACCUCAUCAGCUGUUUGAUGAUACCAGCUCAGGAACAGGCCCUCUUGCAGCAGAGUACCCCAACCAUGGAUCCCCAGCCCUCGGUAUACCAACUCAGGCUUUCUUGUCCGAGCCAAUGUCCAACUUUGCAAUGGCCUAUGGAAGCAGUCUGGCAAGCCAGGGCAAGGAGAUGGUGGACAAGAAUAUUGAUAGGAUUAUCCCAGUGAGUAAACUAAAGUAUUAUUUUGCUGUAGACACGGUCUAUGUCGGGAAAAAGAUUGGACUGCUCUUCUUUCCCUUUAUGCAUCAGGACUGGGAAGUCAGGUACCAGCAGGACAUUCCUGUAGCACCAAGGUUUGAUGUAAAUGCCCCAGACCUCUACAUUCCAGUUAUGGCUUUUAUCACCUAUAUUCUGGUAGCUGGGCUAGCUCUGGGUACACAGAACAACUUCUCACCAGAAAUCCUCGGUAUGCAGGCCAGUUCUGCCCUUGCUUGGCUCAUAGUGGAAGUAUUUGCCAUUCUUCUCAGCCUCUAUUUAGUUACUGUAAAUACCGACCUGACUACAGUGGAUCUUGUUGCAUUUUCUGGAUACAAGUAUGUGGGGAUGAUCUGGGCAGUUCUGUGUGGGCUUCUGUUUGGGAAGACAGGAUAUUAUCUACUACUCGCCUGGUGCUCAAUUUCCAUAGUAUUUUUCAUGGUUCGGACUCUUCGGUUAAAGAUCUUGUCAGAAGCUGCAGCAGAAGGAGUUCUGGUGCGUGGGGCUAGGAACCAGCUGCGUAUGUACCUGACCAUGGCCAUUGCUGCAGUGCAGCCUUUGUUCAUGUACUGGCUGACAUAUCACCUAGUGAGAUGA